AUGAAGAACAGACCUGAUUAUGACAUUAGUAAACUGGUGAACAAUUCGUGUGUAAAGAGAUGUAACGAGUUUAUACCGAAAUUUAAGGAAUCAACUUUACAAGUGGAAUCUGACAUUAAACAGGGAAAAUUAAACACACUCGACUCAAACCUACAAUUAUACACCCAGGACAUUAAAUUAUCCGAAGAUUCCAACUAUUUACAAGAUUCCAACUAUUUACAACCAUGCGAACCCCUGGAAGACUCCGAACAGUCGAUUUUCCUCGAUGUCGGACUUGGCGUAUUUGACGUUAAGGGUACAACGCCCUCAGAAGAAGCCUUAAAAGAAGCUGGAGUCGCUCUGUUAGAUAUUAAACCACAGGAAAAAGAAGUGAUAAUUACGGAAGUUAAGAGUAAAAAAUUUACAAAUUCUAACUAACAAUAAAAUAUUAUUUUUCUAUUAAUUUAUUAAAAAUUU